AUGCGUAAAGUCCAACGGGAGUGCGGCAAUGUGGACGAGCUUGAAAUCGAGGCGCCGGACGAGUUGAGAGAGUUUACUUCUCGAGCUCUUUACCUUCAGCUUCUAUUAUCACAAAGCAGGAUGUUUGAUGGCGGUCAUUACAGCAGCGAUGGCGAAGAUGACUAUGAAAAUGGAAAUGGGGAAAUUCCAGAACAGGAUCUUGCUGCAGAAAAUGUAAUUGAUGAGGAUUCUCCUGACGAAAUCGCUGCUUUGGAUGCUGCUGUCAAUCGUGGCAUUCGUAACGGCGUCCGUCAGUUUCUUCGCAUUCUCAAUGUUCGGGCGAGGCGUGAGAAUCGAGGAAUGGACGUGGAUAUGCGUGGACUGGGGUCUUCUGAGGAAGAAUCUGCCGAUGAAAAUGAUCCUGCAUCGGAAGCUAGCGAUGGCGAGCCUAACAGGAAUUUCGAUGUUCAUGAAUGCUCAAAACAUCAGUAUCUGUUCAAACCCGCUAGGGCUUCAGAAGAAGUCGAUAUGGGUGCUACUAUGUGGCUACAACCUGGAAAAGAGCACACGGUUCCUGUCAUAAGCCUUGAUCUUGUUGUACUGCCAGGUCAGAUGGUUCCGAUGCAGAUACAUAACACCGUUUCUCGCGCAAUUGUACAAAGGGCAAUUGAUUCGAGAAGUUAUCUUGGUUUAUUACCUGUCAUUAUCGGCGAAGUAAAUAUGAACAAGGAUCGUUACGGAAUCUUAUUGCAGGUUAACAAGUACGUGAGCGACGGGCUAACAAUGAAGGUGCACGCCAUCGGUCGACAAAGAUUUAGAGUUAUAUCAAUUGAGAACGAGGCAUCUAGCACUUCAAUGGCACGAGUGGAAGUCUUAGACGACUUAACGCGUAUACCUUUGCCACAAGCUAUAUGUCCUUCUAAAACGUGGACUUGGCCAGAGAAGAGGAAGCUUGCCCUAUGCUCGGCGAUUUCUAGUGUUCCUCAUUUCGUGGCGGAUAAUGUGAAUUUGGACAACCAAUGCAAGCGACUCGGAAACUGGCUGGAAAUGUGGUUUUCAAAUGAGAAAAUUCGGGAUGCGCUUGAGUUGGGCCCAGUCAGCUUUAGCUACUGGGCUGCCCGUAAUAUUCCGAUGCCACUGUCUACUAAAUAUGAGCACUUAGUUGAAGACGAAACAAAUUUGCGCAUCAUCAGUCUGCUAAACCUUGUUGAUAAGAUGACAGAUUUAGUUUGCCGGGGAUGUGGCUUAUUAAUAUGCAAUGUUCGGGAUAUUGUUAAUAUGAACAGUGAAGGAACGAGUUCCCAUUUUGUAAACAGCGCUGGCUACAUCCAUGAAAUGGUGACUGUUGCAGUUGCUCAGAAUUUUGUUCCUCGGGACCAGCCUUGUGCAAAAUUUAGUUGGUUUCCUGGCUAUAAAUGGCAGAUAAUCGAGUGUCGCUUCUGCAUGGACCACCUGGGUUGGGAGUUCACAUCACGUAGAUUCAAUCCUCCAAAGUUCUACGGAAUUACGCGGAAGGCUGUUGUACCGAGAAAAGCGAGUGGAGAGCAGGAGGAACACGUUUAG